AUGGAGUCUCUGUCGCCAGAAUAUCAGGAGAGCACUACCGUCAAGUUCGAAUGGGUUGUCCGCAAUCUCAAGAAUCUAUUUGAGUCUAGUAAGGGUGAACAGAAGUCCAAAGUCACCAAGUCGGUCAGGUUUGGUGGUGGACGCUGGCAGAUAUUAUUCUACGCCAAUUCUGGAAGCGCAAACACCGAGGGACAAACAUUCGUUAGCCUAUACCUUUCCUGUGAACCCACGGCGGAGGAAAAAGAUAAUGCGGUGAAUGGAAAAUGGUUCCGAGAAGGCGUAUUCAAGUUUGGGUUUGAGCUCCGGAACCUCCAGAAGAACGUCUUAUUCAACUUCAAAGAGGCACAUGACCACUCAUUUUCCUACAAGACACAAAAUUGGGGCUGGGCCCAGUUUGCACGGAGAGACUUGGUUUACUACCAGCCCAACGCAGUAAGGACGCAGGAUGCGUUCCUCAUAGUUUGCACUAUCUCCUCUUCUCCCUCUCCGCCUAUUCAGCCUCCCGCAAUUCCUCGUCAUCCUGUGCCCAGGGAUCUGCUGAAUGCUAUCGGCAGUCUUCUUGACGACCCCGUAUACUCCGAUGUGGAGUUCGUUUUGCCUAGACGGGGUAAAAGCGGAAGGGGCCCCAGGCGGAUAUACGCCGCGCGAAGGUUGCUCCGUCGCGUAGAUUAUUUUGAUGCCAUGUUCCACUCUGGAUUCGCCGAAGCAUCGUCAGACGGGCCGGCGUUUGACUUUGAAAGCGCAUCGCUGGAUAGUGAUCCUGCUGAUGACGGCGCAGAUACGUCGUCGCUGACGCGCCAAUUCGAGGAUUCGGAUGACGAAGACGACGACGAAGUUCUCGACAAUGACCAAGAUCAAGACCACGACAUCGAAGUCGUCAAUCGAGACCCUCCACCGGAUGCAGCUCCGGAGGGGGUUCAUGAAAACGUGCAGAGUAAUUCUUCUGACGUAUUUGAGUCAUGGCAAGGUAUCGGGGAUGAACACAGUUCUCAGCAAGGUACAGCUGAAUCGGAUGAGCAGCCACACCGCAAUGUGCGCGCCAAGCUGUCUCACCCAUCAAGUCCUAGAACCAGGGAGUUGGCACUGGAGCAGCAAGAGGUGAACGUGCCUCCUGCACCUAAUCCACCAGCUGAUGCGAACCCAUCGAGCACUGUACCCGGCCCACGGAAGACACGGGUUGUUGUGCGAGAUGUUGCCUACGCCACAUACCGUGCAGUUCUGUACUACAUCUAUACUGACACUAUCAUCUUCGCACCUCUCUCCUCCUCUUUUGUGGCAUCCUCCAGCUCAGCAGCCAAGCCUAGUGUCGCAGGGCCAUCUACCCCCGGCUUAGUCGCCUCAGAAAGCCAAUCUACAGCAAUGGGCAUGCGCUCCGCGCACCAGCAGGCGGAUAGCUCCUUCGUGUCCCCGUCGACACUGAGUCCAACCUCGCGCAGAGAGUGGAUUGCUGCGUGGGAGAGGAACAAUUCUCCUGGCCGGCCCCUGCCUUGCUCUGCAAAAGCGGUCUACAGGUUGGCGGACAAGCUGGACCUCCAAGAGCUGAGGGAGCGCGCAUUCCAGCACAUCGUGAAGUCGUUAUCGGUCGAUAAUGUGGCGUACGAGGUGUUCUCCACGUUCUCUGCAGCAUUUGAAGACGUCCGCAAGGUGCAGGUGCACUUCUUCCUGGACCACUGGACCGAUAUCCGCGGCUCGGACUCGAUGCGCAACGUCUGGCAACAGAUCCGGCUCGGCAGGCACCCAGGCUUCGAAGAAGUUUGGCCUGUCAUUGCACUUAAUUUGGAGUUCAAAGCGCGCUCCACGGAGUCACCGAGUGCAGACGGGAAGGAUGGGACCGCUGGAGAAACCUGA